CCUACAGCAGCUGUGUGAGUGCUUUGGCCAAAGGUGGUCAGUGGCAGGGUGCCCUGAGCCUUUUGGAUUCGAUGACACGUGCAGAAGUUGCACCCAAUGACUUCACGUACAGUUCGGCCAUCAGCGCUUGCUCUGAGCCUGGUGAAUGGCAAAUAGCACUGGAGCUAUUGACUGCCAUGAAAAAAGCAGAGCUGCCUUUGGACAACUUCAGUUGUGCCAGUGCCAUCAACGCCUGUGCAUCUGGCGCGGCAUGGGAGCAAGCCGCAAGCAUUUUAGUCUCCGGUACUGCAGAUGUGGUCUGUGUGAAUGCUGCCCUGAGUGCCUUCGAAAAAGCCUCGCGUUGGCAGCAUGCCCUGCACCUCUUUGACCGCAUGGGGCUGCAAAAGGACAUCUUCAGCUACAACUCCGCCAUCAGCGCUUGUGAGAAGGGCUCACGUUUGCAGGAGACCUCGCGCUGGGAGACAAGUGCAGGGUCAGAGGACGGCCUGGAAUUGUUGGAUAUGAUGUGCCUUCACCAGUUGCAACCCGAUGUGUUUACCUUCAGCAGUUUGAUCAGUGCAUGUGAAAAGACGAGCAGCUGGCCAUUGGCCUUGGACCUGCUCUGCAGCAUGGGGCGCUGGGCUGUGCGACCGAAUACGGUGAGCUUCAACGCCUGCAUCAGCGCCGCUGGCGGAGGUGGAGCGUGGCAGCUGGCGCUGGAGCUCCUGCGGAUGCUGGAGCAGCUGGUGGACGCCGUGUCUGGCCAUGCGGCCAUCAGUGCAUGCGAGGAGUGCGGUCAGUGGGAGGCCGCACUGCAUAUUUUGACAUGCUGGAUGCCGUCCAACGGCCUUCCGGUUCAUGUCAUUGGCGUGAGCAGUGCCAUCAGCGCCUGUGAGAAGAGCAGCCGUUGGAUGGAAGCACUGCAGCUCCUUCGCAACAUGGGCUCUUGGAGAUGCCAAGCCAAUGACAUCAGCUACAACAGUGCCUUGAAAGCGGCCGAGAGGGCGGGGCGUUGGCAGAUCUCGUUGCUCCUUGGUGCCGCGUUAGUUCGUGGGUGCUUGUUGGAAGAGAUGGAGGAAGUCUUGGGCGCUGAUUUGAUCGCCUAUAACACCGCCUGCAUGGCCCUGAGCAGCUCCAUGGCCUACCAGAGCGGCGCCCUACGGAGUCUGCCGCGGUUGUUGAAUGAGCUCCCCUGCAGAGCCGCUAGGGCCGUCCAGGGCCUCCAGGCCAUAUGAUUUUUUUUCUGAAAUGGCCCAAGAAAGGGGGAUAACUUGGA